GGGGGUAAUGUUAGGAAUUCUCACUUUGCCCACGCCUUGCUGUGGAGAACUGUAAGCUAAUUGAUGGAAUAACAAUCCCACCCCCAAAAGCUAACAGUUGGCCGUAAACAAUCAUUUGAGUUACAAAUGAGCGGAGUUUUUCAAAGCAUUGGGCUGAAGAUUGCUUUGAAUGAGGAAAACAAUGAUCGACCCAAAAAUGUAACGAAUUCUCCCUUUGCCCACACCUCCAUAUCUUCAUUCAUUAAAUGUGAUGAAGAACUUUUACUAGUUGAGGCACAAUUAUAACCCAAAAGCUAACAAUCGGGCAUAAAAGAAUCAUUUCAAGGUAAAGCGAGCAAAGUUUGGGGCAUUUAUUAUUAUUUUUUUUUUACGGUGUUCUCAAUCAGGGAGUCUCGUGUGGUGUUCAGGGACACAUCUGGCUGUAAUUAGCCCUUACUUUUGAGCAUUUCAGCGUCGUCUCGGUGGUCCUUUUGCGGCCAGACGUGCUCUUGACGUGACGCGAGGUUCUUCCGCUGACCUUCUGACGUAUGUCAUUGCGUAAAAGGUGUGCAAAUAAAUAAAGACAGUUGAAAGAACACUUUUUGUUAUUUUAUUUGACGCAAGCGCACGCACAAGAGUGUGGUUGUGGCCCAGUAGAGUUUAGUGGUCUCUGAUUCGUCCGUGCCCGGCGCUGGUCGUCCAAUCGUAGCGAAUGCGUGUCGCCGUGAGUCACGCCCACCCGAAAACACCCCCGCGUUCAUCAUAAAAGCAAAGAGACCAAGUUGAAAGCUGUCAUUUCGCUUCUCCUUCGCCGCCAGCAUGACGAUCAAAAAAACAGCGAUGGGACAGCCCGAGAUGACGUAUUCCAAGAGCAAAGGGCUGCUGGCCUUUGUCAGCGCUUUCAUGAAACAGAGGAGGAUGGGUUUGAACGACUUCAUUCAGAGGCUCGCCACCAACGCCUACGCCUGCAAACAUCCAGAGGUACAGUCUAUCCUGAACCUGAGUCCUCAGCAGGAUGCUGAGCUGAUGAACACCAACCCCUCCCCUCCUCCCAGCCCGACGCAGCAGAUCAACCUGGGCCCGUCGUCAAACCCGUCGGCCAAGCCCAACGACUUCCACUUCCUCAAGGUGAUCGGCAAGGGCAGCUUCGGCAAGGUUCUGCUGGCGCGCCACCGCGCCGACGACCAGUUCUACGCCGUCAAGGUGCUGCAGAAGAAGGCCAUCCUCAAGAAGAAGGAGGAGAAACACAUCAUGUCGGAGAGGAACGUGCUGCUGAAGAACGUCAAGCAUCCUUUCCUGGUGGGACUGCAUUACUCCUUCCAGACUGCCGACAAGCUCUACUUCAUUCUCGACUACAUCAACGGAGGAGAGCUCUUCUACCACCUCCAGCGGGAGCGCUGCUUCCUGGAGCCGCGGGCGCGCUUCUACGCCGCCGAGAUCGCCAGCGCGCUGGGCUACCUGCACUCGCUCAACAUCGUCUACCGCGACCUCAAGCCCGAGAACAUCUUGCUCGACUCGCAGGGCCACAUCGUCCUCACCGACUUCGGCCUGUGCAAGGAGAACAUCGAGCCCAACGGCACAACGUCCACCUUCUGCGGCACGCCAGAGUAUUUAGCUCCCGAGGUGCUCCACAAACAACCGUACGACCGCACGGUGGACUGGUGGUGUUUAGGAGCCGUCCUGUACGAGAUGCUUUACGGCCUGCCUCCCUUCUACAGCCGCAAUACGGCCGAGAUGUACGACAACAUCCUGAACAAGCCUCUGCAGCUCAAGCCCAACAUCUCCAACGCCGCCCGCCACCUUCUCGAGGGCCUUUUGCAGAAGGACAGGACCAAGCGGCUGGGAUGCGCCGACGACUUUAUUGAAAUCAAGAACCACGUUUUCUUCUCGCCCAUCAACUGGGACGAGCUCAACGCCAAGAAGAUCACGCCGCCCUUCAACCCCAACGUGACGGGCCCCAACGACCUGCGGCACUUCGACCCCGAGUUCACCGACGAGCCGGUGCCCAACUCCAUUGGCUGCUCGCCCGACAGCGCCCUGGUCACAGCCAGCAUCAAGGAGGCGGCCGAGGCCUUCGUUGGCUUCUCCUAUGCCCCCUCCAUGGACUCCUACCUAUAGGAAAUGCCCCCUUCCCCCUUGUGAGGACUUCUGAUGUAACAGUUUCACUAGAUUAGCAUCUUAGGGGGGGGGAAAAAACUCUCGUGGUCACUUUGCAACUAACUGCUGUGUGUAAAUAUUCCACGAAUGGACGCACAAAUUCCCAAAAGCGUUCCCGACCGAGCCGAUAAGCACACGCUCAUCUACGUAGCAAAUCAUGGUCUGGUUUUCCUCCACAUUCCUUUUGUUUUUUUUUGGUUUUUUUGGUGCUUUUGUCAUUUUUCAUGGGAUGAAAAAGGGAGCAAGCUGAAUGUUACAGAGCGGCCGUUUUUCCUCAAAGUUGCCUUUUUUUCAGUCAUGGUGUCGCACUUAAAACGAGAGGGCGCUGGCCUUCAAAGUCCCCGUCACGGCGACUGAUCAUUUUGCACACAGAAAUAAUAUAAAUGGUAAAAGAGAGACUUGCUGCUAUGUUGUCAUAGAAAAUGUUAGCACAGCGCCCCCUACAUGUCGUCUUCCUUUGUUUCCCUUUUAGGCCAGGUGAACAAACCCGCUUCCUCUAGGAGCAUUUAUUCCAUAUCCUUGAUUGGUUCCUGAACUACUACGCUCUUUUUCCUUACUAAUAAAGCAAUUCAUUGCACUAGUACAAAAACUGUCUUACUAGUAACGGUUUUUCACGACUAGUGCUACUUUUGGCCUGCUAGUACACAAUUAAAACUUACCAGUAAACGACUGUGCUGCACUAGUAACACUACUAGGCCUAACUAGUAGCCUCCUUGACCCUACUAGUAGCACCAAAAUGCCCACAAUUAUUUUUCCUCACUAGUAACAUGUACUUGUCCUACUAGGAUUCCAAAGUUGUCCUACUCGUAUUCAGGAAUGACGUUACGAGUUAUACACAGUCGUUACUAGUGUGCGGAAUUGUAUACUAGUGAGGACAAAGAGCAUACAAUACAUGGAACUUGGAUGGCUUUGAAAGCCGUCUUAGCAUUUAUUCGAUAUCCUUGAAUAUCUAGCUUAAGGUCCGCUCUCGUAUCAUUUUUCACGGUUGCCUUCCAUCAGGCACAGGUAGUGGAUGAAAACUUUAUCGAAAAAAAUGCUCAAUCUGCAUUCCGUAUUCUUCCCCAAGCGAACAUUCUGUCAUAAUAUUGGUCUUGAAGUUUGUUUGUAUAUUUGGAGUCAAGUGUACUAAGUUGUAAUGUAAAUAGAAGACUUGAAAAAAAAUCAAGGUAAAGGCAUAGAUGUUGUAUGUAAUGUUAAUUCAUGUUGAAAUGUACUGUACAUUGUAAAAUUGUUUCAAGAUUUAACGUGACCAUUGCUGGUUUGCAAUAAAACUUUAACUUUA